AAGACCGAAGCGCUUUUGCUGCACGGCCCCCGGAGCCGAACCACCGGACUUGACGCGUGCCUGACAGUGGAGGGUGUUCGUAUCCCGCUGUCAGGCACAAUGAAAUACCUCGGUUUGGUCCUCGACGGGCGGCUCAACUUCCGGGAGCACUUCCGAAGGCUGGCGCCUAGACUCCGGGCUGCCGCAACUGCUCUCGGAAGGUUACUGCCGAACGUCGGGGGCCCCGACGUUGGGUGCCGCCGACUGUAUGCAGGUGUCAUCCGUUCGAUGGCCCUGUACGGCGCACCCAUCUGGGCUAAGACGCUGAUGCCCGACAGUCGGGCGGUCCUGCUUGGCGCGCAGCGUGCUGUCGCCAUCAGGAUCGUCCGUGCGUACCGCACUGUCGGGCAUGAAGCCGCGACUGCCUUGGCGGGGACUCCGCCUUGGGACUUGGAAGCAAAGGUGCUUGCGGACCUUUACACCCGCAUCACCGAGCUCCGGUCCCGGGGCGUCGACCCCUCGCCGAGGCAGCUCGAAAAUUGGAGAGGACAAGCCCGCCUCGUCACCUUGAGGAACUGGGAGCUGCGGCUCUCACAACCGACGGCGGGGCGGGCUAUCUGUGAAGCGAUCCGCCCACACCUACAACCGUGGGCGGAGAGGCGGUACGGGCGCGUUGACCUACCCGCCUCACGCAAGUGCUCACAGGGCACGGUGCCUUCGGGCACUAUUUGUGCCGCGUCGUCAGGAGGGAGGAGUCGACUGCGUGCCAUGAGUGCGGUGCCGAUGACGACACCGCAUUGCACACUCUGGCCCCCUCCGCCUGGUUCCGACGUCGUUGAGCUGGCGCUGGCCCCGCUCGGUGUCGCAGACGCCGUCGAGCGGCGCGGAGGCUCCAUCGGCGCGCUGCUGCCGCGGGCGCCGGCGCUCGCUGACUUUGUUUGCUUUGCACUGCGCUGCGUAUGA